GCAGGUGUCGCCGGCGGGGGCGGAACAUGGCGCUGGGCGCGGGGGCACCGCAGCGGCCGCUCCUGCCGGCCGGGGGCUGCCUCCCCCUCCUCCUGUUGCUGCUGCUGCUGCUCUGCGGACAGCUCGGGGGAGGACAGAAAAAGAAGGAGAAUCUUUUGGCUGAGAAGGUGGAACAGCUGAUGGAGUGGAGCUCAAGACGUUCGGUCAUCCGCAUGAAUGGAGACAAAUUCCGAAGGUUUGUGAAGGCUCCACCUCGUAACUACUCUGUGAUAGUGAUGUUCACUGCUCUUCAGCCACAGCGACAGUGCUCUGUUUGCAGGCAAGCUAAUGAAGAAUAUCAAGUACUGGCUAAUUCAUGGCGCUAUUCAUCUGCUUUUUCAAACAAACUGUUUUUCACAAUAGUGGAUUAUGAUGAAGGGGCAGAUGUUUUUCAACAGUUGAAUAUGAACUCUGCUCCGACUUUCAUGCAUUUUCCUCCAAAAGGUAAACCCAAGAGAGCUGACACAUUCGACCUGCAGAGAAUCGGAUUUGCAGCCGAGCAGCUAGCUAAAUGGAUAGCUGACAGAACAGAUGUUCAUAUUAGAGUAUUCAGGCCUCCUAACUAUUCUGGUACAAUUGCACUGGCUCUUCUGGUAUCUCUUGUUGGUGGCUUGUUGUAUCUACGAAGAAAUAAUUUAGAGUUCAUCUACAACAAAACUGGUUGGGCCAUGGCAGCUCUGUGUGUUGUAUUUGCUAUGACAUCUGGUCAGAUGUGGAAUCACAUCCGUGGACCACCAUAUGCACAUAAAAAUCCUCAGAAUGGACAAGUGAAAGGAGGUCUGAAAGUGCAUUGGGGAAAAAACACAGCCCAUAAUUCCUUUGUGAAGUGGUUAAGAGCCAUUCCUCAUAAGAAAUGGGAUGAGAGUUACAUACAUGGAAGCAGUCAGGCUCAGUUUGUUGCAGAAUCACAUAUUAUUCUUCUGCUGAAUGCUGCUAUCACCAUGGGAAUGGUACUCCUGAAUGAAGCUGCUACCUCCAAAGGGGAUGUUGGAAAAAGGAGAAGGAUCUUCAGAGUCUUCAGAACAAGGAGUUGCUGGAAGAAAAGGAGGCAGAUAAGAAACUGGAUGGGAAGGACUCAGGCAUUGAAGAUGAAAAUAAUAGAUGAAGUAUUCUUCAAAUUGAUUUCCACUUUCAAAAAAAAGCUUCCAGUGAAUAAGCUCCAAAUGAACAUACAGUAAUACUGUUAAAUCCUUGGCUUUAGUUGACAUAUAUGGUUGCAAAAAAAUUAAAUCAAUGGGACAAGUAUCAAGAUCUUAUAAUUUUGUUAUGGGAUUUGUCUUCCAGUUCCAUUGUAUUGUUUCUUAUUACAGUUUAUCAGUCUUCUGUUUAAUAUUUAGGCACGAGUAAAAUAAAAUAAAAUAAUGAAAGAUAAAUCAAAAAUAAAAACAUAAAAUUAAAUAAAAUAAAAUGAAAUGUAAUAUUGAA